AUGUCCGUUGCUACGAUGCUACAACCUGCCUCGAGAGCUUCGACGUCUUCAUCUUCUUCGUUCCAGCCUGUCACACGUCAAAACACCAUGUCUUCCCACGAUACUCGAUCCCUCCGCCAGUCGAAGCGGCUGUCAGUCACUGCGCUGUACAUGUCGAUGAAUGCCAAGGACAGAGACUUGGAAAUAUCAGAUGACUUGGCGAGAGCUCAAAUAUAUCUGCGCGAAUUGAAGUCGAAGAUUUCAUCCCAAUCCAAGAAGAAUUUCGUUCUGGAAAAAGAUGUUCGGUAUCUGGAUUCACGGAUAGCCCUGUUGAUUCAGAACCGUAUGGCCUUGGAAGAACAAAACGAAGUUGCCAGCCACCUUGACGAGGCGAUAGAUCCCCAGGAGGGAUUCUUUCCCAACGACGAGAGGACGCAAAAGUACGGUAACCUUCUGUUUCUGCUUCAGUCCGAACCCCGCCAUAUCGCCCACCUGUGCCGCCUAGUCUCCAUGUCCGAGAUCGACUCCCUCCUGCAGACUGUAAUGUUCACCAUCUACGGAAACCAGUACGAGAGUCGCGAAGAACACCUGCUUCUCACCAUGUUUCAGUCUGUGCUCACCUACCAGUUCGACAACACUCCGGAGUACUCGUCGCUAUUGCGCCAGAAUACCCCGGUUUCCCGCAUGAUGACCACCUACACCCGGCGUGGUCCUGGUCAGAGCUACCUGAAACAAGUCCUUGCCAACCAGAUCAACGCCCUGAUCGAGUUGCGCGAUGUGGACUUGGAGAUUAACCCGCUCAAGGUGUACGAAACGAUGGUCAAACAGAUCGAAGAGGAACAAGGAUCGUUGCCGGAGCAUCUUGCCAGAUCCGUUACGGCGGAAGCUGCAGCAGAAAACGCGCAGGUGCAGGCCAUCAUCGAGCCGCGUUUGAAGAUGCUUACCGACCAUGCCAACCGCUUCUUGACCACCAUCAUCGACUCCGUAGACGAGACCCCGUACGGUAUUCGGUGGAUCUGCAAGCAGAUUAGAAGCUUGUCGCGGCGCAAGUACCCGGACGCGCAAGACCAGACCAUCUGUACCCUGAUCGGAGGAUUCUUCUUCCUUCGCUUCAUUAACCCCGCUAUUGUCACUCCCCGAUCGUAUAUGCUGAUCGAGUCGACGCCCACGGAGAAACCUCGCCGCACGUUGACUCUGAUCGCGAAGAUGCUUCAAAACCUGGCCAACAAACCCUCUUACGCAAAGGAGCCGUAUAUGGCGAAGCUGCAGCCUUUCAUUCAACAGAACAAAGAGCGCGUGAACAAGUUUAUGCUUGAUCUGUGUGAGGUGCAGGAUUUCUACGAAAGUUUGGAGAUGGACAACUACGUAGCGCUCUCGAAGCGCGACCUGGAGUUGCAGAUCACCCUCAAUGAGAUGUAUGCCACCCAUGCAUUGUUGGAGAAGCACAGCUUGGCUUUGGCCCAGGACCAGCACUCCCAUCUCAACGAGCUCUUGCAGGAGCUCGGUUCCGCGCCACCACAGGUCCCGCGCAAGGAAAACAGGACCAUCACAGUACCAUUGUUUAGCCGAUGGGAAACCUCCCUGGAUGAUUUGACUGCAGCUCUCGAUAUCACCCAAGAAGAGGUCUUCUUCAUGGAAGCCAAGUCCACUUUCGUCCAAAUUCUACGGUCGCUGCCUCCGAACUCCUUGGUAGCCCGUCGUCCGCUCCGGCUGUAUCGCAUUGCCGAGACGGCCGCAACCCUGAAAAACGACGCGGUGAUGGUCCGGAAAGGCAUUCGCACCAUGGAGCUUCUGAGUCAACUGCAAGAGAUGGGAGUCAUUGACCGUUCCGAUGACUUCAGUCUCCUGCGUGACGAGGUGGAGCAAGAAUUGGUGCACCUGGGCUCUCUCAAAGAGAAAGUCUUGGAGGAGACGAAAAAGUUGGAAGAAGUCUUUGCGACCAUACGCGACCACAAUGCGUACUUGGUGGGCCAGCUGGAAACGUACAAAUCGUAUCUACACAAUGUUCGCAGCCAGUCAGAGGGAAAGCAGCGGAAACAACAAAAGCACCAGGAGCUUGGGCCGUACAAGUUCACGCACCAGCAGCUUGAAAAAGAAGGCGUCAUUCGAAAGAGUAACGUUCCAGAAAACCGACGAGCAAACAUCUACUUCAUGUUCAAGAGUCCUUUGCCAGGCACUUUUGUGAUUAGCCUGCAUUACAAAGGGCGUGCCCGUGGCCUUCUGGAGCUAGAUCUCAAGCUCGAUGAUCUCCUCGAGAUGCAAAAAGACAACCAGGAAGACUUGGAUCUGGAAUACGUCCAGUUCAACGUCUCGAAGGUGCUCUUGCUGCUGAACAAACGAUUUGCACGAAAGAAAGGGUGGUAA